UCUCAACAAUUUUGAAAUAAUGCCUAAAAUGAACGUACACUAUUUUACAUAUGUAUAUGUAUAUGCAUGUAUGUACGUAUUCUGUGCAAUGCGCUCAAAGUAACCGUUAAUCGAGAGUCCAUGAACAAAAUGUGCCGCCCGUAGAGCAAUCCGUCGAUUGAAGAGUAAUAAGCGAAUUGAAUCCUAACUAACUUGCCUUUAUCUGGGGUUGCGGAGGAACUAGAGAUAAAGGAAGAUCGCACAGAUUGUGAAAACUAAACAAAGCAAAUAUACUGAAAGCACAACGUACAGACGAGUCUGGAGAAUGGUUAGAAAGCAAGUGGGUCUUGAAAACAACGCGACCUUAGAAGUAAGUCAGCAGACUAACCAGCCGGAGCAGCAGCAGGAGUAUCAACAACGCCCAGUGGAUUUUGAUCUGACGCCAAAGGAAAUACAGAGUAGCAGCUUUAACUUUGCGCAGCAGGCAAAUGCCAUAUAUAUGCCACUAAAGUCUGGCUGUCCAUAUGACGAGGAUUUGCCGCACAAGCUACGCCUGCAACAUGCACACCUUACGAUGCCGUAUAACUUCAACACAAUGCCACCCCAAAAUACCGUUUCCGGCGUACCGUUGUCUAUUAUGCCCGCAGAAAUACCAGCAGAGGAUGAGGAGCGUCUUGAGCGCAUCUUCAACCAAUUGGAUCGCGAUGGUGAUGGCAAGGUUGACAUUCAUGACUUGUCGGCGGCACUACACGAGUUCGGCCUUUCGAGUGUCUAUGCGGAGAAAUUCUUACAACAAUCGGACAAAGAUCAAAGCGGAAACGUGGGAUUCGCUGAAUUCUUAACUUACGUGCGCGAGCACGAGAAAAAUUUAUGCUUACAAUUUUCGCACUUGGACAAAAAUCGGGAUGGAAAAGUCGACUUAGAGGAACUAAUAUCGGCAUUCAAAGACCUAGGCUUGGACAUAGACGUCGAUGAAGCGAAAAAACUGCUCGGAAGAAUGGACAAGGAUGGUAGUCUGAACAUAAGCUUUAAUGAGUGGCGAGACUUUAUGUUGCUAGCGCCCUCAACGGACAUUCAUGAUCUGAUUAAAUUCUGGCGGCACUCUACUGUAGUAAUUCGACGAUGUCUGGUCUCGAUGCUGAUGCUGACGACGGAAAUUGCUGGGGAGCAGGAACAGGCGUACCUCGAUAUUGGCGAGGAUAUGAAUGUACCUGAUGACUUUACGCAGAAGGAAAUGCAGACGGGUCUCUGGUGGCGUCACCUUGUCGCUGGCGGUAUCGCGGGAGCAGUGUCCCGCACGUGUACUGCACCAUUGGACAGAGUUAAAGUGUUCCUGCAGGUGCAAACGCGGCGAAUGGGAAUCUCAGAGUGCUUGCACAUACUGCUGAAUGAGGGCGGGGCGCGCAGCAUGUGGCGUGGCAAUGGAAUAAACGUUCUUAAGAUUGCACCUGAAACAGCCCUAAAAUUUGCUGCCUAUGAGCAAAUGAAACGGUUGAUUCGCGGCAACGACACCUCCCGACAGAUGACUAUUGUUGAGCGUUUCUAUGCGGGCGCCGCAGCAGGCGGCAUCUCACAGACGAUUAUAUAUCCAAUGGAAGUACUGAAAACACGCCUGGCGCUCCGUCGAACAGGUCAAUACGCCGGUAUUGCAGAUGCGGCGGCCAAAAUAUACAAAAAUGAGGGUGCGCGCAGCUUCUAUCGUGGCUAUGUGCCCAAUAUUUUGGGUAUUCUGCCGUACGCUGGUAUAGAUCUUGCCGUAUAUGAAACGUUAAAGCGCCGCUAUAUCGCCAGCCAUGAUAACAAUGAGCAGCCCAGCUUUCUAGUGUUACUAGCUUGUGGAAGCACGUCCAGCGCGCUUGGUCAACUGUGCUCCUACCCACUUGCACUAGUGAGAACUCGGCUACAGGCUCAAGCGGCUGAAACAGUUGCCUUGCAGAAGCGCAAGACGCAAAUUCCAUUGAAGUCCAGCGACGCUCAUAGUGGGGAGGAGACUAUGAUUGGCUUGUUCCGAAAGAUUGUGCGACAGGAAGGGCUAACUGGACUGUAUCGUGGCAUAACGCCCAAUUUCCUGAAAGUGCUGCCCGCCGUCUCCAUCAGUUACGUUGUCUAUGAAUACUCGAGUCGAGCGUUGGGCAUCAAGAUGUCGUGAUUUGUUUACCUUGCGUUCCUGGCAGCCGUCUGCAGCGCAGAUACUGCAAUAGAGCCUGAGGGAACGUAUCUGGUGCUAUGCUCCUUUUUUUGUAUAGUAAAAUAGUAGUAGCUGUAAGUAAUGACGUCCCGGUCGGGUCUAUCAGUGACGGGCUGGGGUUCGUGCUGUUGUCUGCUGUAAUGCAACAGACUGUUCUUCUUUUCAAGACAAAUGAUGACUAGCUGCUUUCCUUAAGUGUAAAACAAACCUCUUCCAUACUCUUGGUAUAUAUAUUUUUUUUAUAAUUUAUAGUUGAAUUAGUUCGGUUACUUUUUAAAAUU